AAGAGAAACGAGGCCGGAGCUGCGGGCGCUUUUUCUGCCCGCGGUGUCUCAGAUUCAUUCUUAAGGAACUGAGAACUUAAUCUUCCAAAAUGUCAAAAAGACCAUCUUAUGCCCCACCUCCCACCCCAGCUCCUGCAACACAAAUGCCCAGCACACCAGGGUUUGUGGGAUACAAUCCAUACAGUCAUCUCGCCUACAACAACUACAGGCUGGGAGGGAACCCGGGCACCAACAGCCGGGUCACGGCAUCCUCUGGUAUUACGAUUCCAAAACCCCCAAAGCCACCAGAUAAGCCGCUGAUGCCCUACAUGAGGUACAGCAGAAAGGUCUGGGACCAAGUAAAAGCUUCCAACCCUGACCUAAAGUUGUGGGAGAUUGGCAAGAUUAUUGGUGGCAUGUGGCGAGAUCUCACUGAUGAAGAAAAACAAGAAUAUUUAAACGAAUACGAAGCAGAAAAGAUAGAGUACAAUGAAUCUAUGAAGGCCUAUCAUAAUUCCCCCGCAUACCUUGCUUACAUAAAUGCGAAGAGUCGUGCAGAAGCUGCUUUAGAGGAAGAAAGUCGACAGAGACAGUCUCGCAUGGAGAAAGGAGAACCUUACAUGAGCAUUCAGCCUGCUGAAGAUCCAGAUGAUUAUGAUGAUGGCUUUUCAAUGAAGCAUACAGCCACUGCCCGUUUCCAGAGAAACCACCGCCUCAUCAGUGAAAUCCUUAGUGAGAGUGUGGUGCCAGACGUUCGGUCAGUUGUCACAACAGCUAGAAUGCAGGUCCUCAAACGACAGGUCCAGUCCUUAAUGGUUCAUCAGCGAAAACUAGAAGCUGAACUUCUUCAGAUAGAGGAGCGACACCAGGAAAAGAAGAGGAAGUUCCUAGAAAGCACAGAUUCAUUUAACAAUGAACUUAAAAGGUUGUGCGGUUUGAAAGUAGAAGUGGAUAUGGAAAAGAUUGCCGCUGAAAUUGCACAGGCAGAAGAACAGGCUCGCAAAAGGCAAGAGGAGAGGGAGAAAGAAGCAGCAGAGCAAGCUGAACGUAGUCAGAGCAGCAUGGUUCCCGAGGAAGAGCCAGCUGCUAGUAAGACCCAGGAGAAGAAGGACGACGAAAGCAUCCCUAUGGAGACAGAGGAGACACACCUUGAAGAAGCAACGGAAAGCCAACAGAACGGUGAAGAAGGCACAUCUACUCCUGAGGACAAGGAGAGCGGGCAGGAGGGGGUGGACAGUAUGGCCGAGGAAGGGACCAGUGAUAGUAACACUGGCUCAGAGAGCAACAGUGCAACAGUGGAGGAGCCACCGACAGACCCCACACCAGAAGAUGAGAAGAAAGAAUAAAUGUUGCCUUGUUUUAUGUGUUCUAAAUA